CUGUUUGCCGUUCUCUGUUUGCUGUGUACAUUUGCCUUUAUGGUUUUCAUAGAAUUGGUGGCAGUCGCAGAAAAAAGCGGCUGGCUGCUGUGUUUAGCCGCCACCUUGAUCGUCAACACUAGCUCAUUUGGAUAGUGCAAUUAUUUCGAGUGAAUUGUGACAUCUGUGGAAAUCUGGAAGUUCAUAGUACAGUCAACUGCUUCUUCAGGUUUUAUGAAAAAUGCCUACUCAGCAUUUGAGAACUGAUAAUGUGUGGCAGCAGACAAAAGCUCUGCUUUAUAAAAAUUUUCUCAUUAAAAUCAGGAACAAAAAACAGAGUUUACAGGAAGUGCUGACACCACUAUUUUUGCUUUUCCUGUUGGUCAUAAUCAGCUUGCUUAAUGUACGGCGAGAAUAUGGUAAAGUGAAUACUACUGUACUAGGGUCUUUGGAUCAAAGUCCUUUUUUGACGUCUUUGGUGGGAUAUACACCAGUAACUAACACUACAUUGCGCAUAAUGGAGAAGGUGUCGUCUCAGUGCUUUAGAAGAGUUGUGGAUACAGAAGGGUUUGCUGAUGAGGAUGCUCUACUCAAUGCAAGUUUUUUGUAUCCGGAAUCGUUUGUUGGAGUUGUCUUUAACAGUUCUAUGUCUUACCAAAUUCGGUUUCAUCAUGAAGAUGUUCCCUUACCAUUGGACGUGCUGGAAACAAGAGAGAGAUGCAAGUUUCUUUCAGAAGCUUGUGAGGCAUUAAAGUACUGGUAUAAUGGCUUUGUAAAACUGCAGGCUUGUAUUGAUGCUGCUAUUAUACAGAUGAAGACAAAUAUCUCAGUGUGGGAAGAACUUAAAUCAAUAGUUGUUACAGCAAUGGAACUACCAUCACUUGUGGAAAUUGACUCUGUGCCUCAUGCUAUUAUCUCAGUAUACCUUGUGAUGUCUUUUGCAUCAUUUGUGUAUUUUCUUCCGGUCAAUGUUGUGGCAGAAAAAGAAGAAAAGCUUAAAGAAGUUUUGAAGUUGCUAGGACUUUCUGACUCAGCUUUCUGGCUUUCCUGGGGAUUGAUUUACAUUGGGUUCUUAGCCAUCAUGUCUCUGGUGAUGGCAGUCAUUACUACAGUGUCGCCACUGUUUUCAAGAAGCAGCUGUUUUGUGCUUUUCUUUCUGUUCUUUCUCUAUGGACUGUCUGCAAUAUGCUUUGCAUUAAUGUUGACGCCCAUGUUCAAGAAACCGAAGGUAGCUGGCACAGUUGGAUUCUUUUUUACUCUGAUUUGUGGAUGCCUUAGCUUAAUUUUUGUCUUAGUGGAAGACUUCCCAAAGCAUUUGGUGUGGAUCCUAAGUCCCUUCUUUCCCUGCACUUUCUCAAUUGGAAUUGCACAGGUCAUAGCUCUUGAAUAUGAGCAAACAGGAGCCCAGAUUUCUAACCUGCACAAAGAUCCAUAUCCAUUAUUUAUUACUUUUCUGGCUCUAUUAGCUGACAGUUUGGUGUAUAUUCUGGUAGCUGUCUACUUAGAAGAAGUUGUGCCAGUAGAGUAUGGUGUACGGCGUUCACCCUUCUUCUUUCUGCAGAAAUCCUAUUGGUCUAAGAAAAGGAAAAAUUACUGUGUUAUGAAUGAUAAUGUACAGUUUGCCACUGACAUUGGCACUGGGGUAGUUGAGCCAGUACCUGCUGAAUUUCAGGGAAAAGAGGCAAUCAGAAUCAGUAAUAUUCAUAAAACGUUCAGAGAGAAGGAUAAAACCGUACAUGCUUUGAACGGUCUGUCUUUUGAUAUAUAUGAAGGUCAAAUUACAGCACUGCUUGGUCACAGUGGAGCUGGAAAAAGCACACUGAUGAACAUUCUUUGUGGAAUAUGUCCACCAUCUGAUGGCUCUGCAGUUAUCUAUAACUACACAAUAUCUGAAAUUGAUGAAAUGAUCGAACUAAGAAAAAUGGUUGGUAUCUGCCCACAGUUUGAUAUAAGUUUUAAUUUUCUAACUGCGGAAGAAAAUUUAAAGACAUUUGCUGCUAUCAGAGGUAUCCGACCAAAGGAUGUGGACCAAGAGGUGGCAAGGAUUAUGAAGGCACUGGAUAUGGAGCAAAUCAGAGACAGCAUGGCACACAAACUAAGCGGUGGACAAAAGAGAAAACUUUCACUUGGAAUUGCUAUUUUAGGUGAUCCAAAGAUACUCUUCUUAGAUGAGCCCACUUCUGGAAUGGAUGUUCAUUCUCAGCACCAAGUGUGGAACCUUUUAAAGGGUCGAAAAACAGACCGUGUGACAGUACUAAGUACUCAUUUCAUGGAUGAAGCAGACAUACUUGCUGACAGAAAAGCUGUGAUUUCACAAGGGAUGUUGAAAUGUUUGGGUUCUUCACUGUUUCUCAAGAGCAAAUGGGGUGUCGGCUACAACCUGAGUAUGCAUGUAAUGAAGACCUGUGAUACAGAUAGCCUCUCAUCUCUGAUUGAUCAACACAUCCCUAAUGCAAAACUGUCCAGGCAGCUUGAACAGGAGUUGAUUUUCAAGCUUCCUCUGGAGUAUGUGGACAAGUUUUCAGGCUUGUUCUCUGACUUGGAAAGCAAUCCCAGUCUUGGUAUUGUCAGUUGUGGUGUUUCCAUGACAACACUUGAAGAUGUUUUCCUUAAACUGGAAGCAGAUGCUGAGCUUGAUCAAGCAGAUUACAGUGUGUUUAAUGAGACUCAGUCUGCAGCUGAAGGAGAUAAUACUUCUACUGAUGACAUGAAACAGAGCAGUUUGCUGCUUUCUGAAGGAGGAGCUGUCUUAGUUGAUGGGAUGAAGCUCUGGAGGCAACAGGUCUUCACAGUUGCAAGGCUUCACUUUUUAAACUUCAAACGUGAAAGUAAAGCAAUGAAAUCUCUAUUGUUAUUGUUUGCAACCUUUGCUAUAUUUACUUUGCUGUCAUCUUUAAUAAAUGCCAUGUUUGGAAAAGUUACAAUACCCCUUAAGCUGUCUCCACAUCUCUAUCUGCUUAAUCCAGAAGAAAAACCUAAUGAUUUCUUCACAAGCUUAUUGGUUCAGAAUUCAACAGGUUCAGAUAUUGAUGAUCUUCUUUUGUCUCUGAAGAUUCAAAAAGUACAAGUUGAAUUAUUUACUGGCAAUGACUUUAUGUCUGUUGCACCACACCAUGCAGCCUUAAAUGUAUCUGGAAUUCAAAAGAAAUACCAUUUCACAGCUGCAUUUAAUACUACAAUGGUCCAUUCUUUACCAGCAGUUUUGAAUCUUCUAAGUAAUUCUAUUCUUACCAGCCUAAACUCAUCUGGAAUUAUUGAAGUUUGGAGCAAACCAUUCAUUGAUGAGGUGCCCAUGCUACUCUCUAUUGCAAUGCUGGUCUUCGGAAUUGUACUUUUGGGAAUAAUUGCACCUGGAAUGCUGCCAUAUUUUGCAAUGGAAAAUACUGAAGAUCGAAAGCUUCAUGCUUACGCACUGCUGCGGACUUCAGGACUUCAUCCAUCUGCAUAUUGGUGUGGCCAGGCAAUGGUGGACAUCCCUGUGUUCUUGAUUACUGUUGUUUUGAUGACUGGUAGCCUGUUUGCAUUUCACCACAAAGCAUUACUACAUCCUGAAGCACUUAUACCUGUGGCAUUUUGCAUCUUUGGCUAUGCACCAGCAGUGGUUUUGUUCACAUAUGUAAUUUCCUUCAUAUUCAGAAAGGUACAAGGUAGUCAAGACUUUUGGUCUUUUACCUUCUUUAUGGUGGUCCUGUUGGCAUUUAUUACUACAGAAAUACCUUUGUCUCUUGGAUUUGACUUUGUAGCCAUUUCACUUCAGUACCUCUUUAUGGUUUUCGUCCCUCUUUUCCCACUUAUGGCAUCUUUGAGUUACCUCGUGAAUCUUAGUGCGAGUGUUGCACCAUUGUCUUGGAAAAACUACAAUGCUUGGAACAGCAUAAUUAUGGCAUCCAUAGUGCCUUUUGUUCACUGUAUUAUUCUUCCUAUUCUUUUAAGAUAUCUGGAAAAUAAAUAUGGAGAAAGAAUAAUGAGAGAUGACCCUGUAUUCAGGAUUAGAUCUAGAAGAUCCAAAUUCUUCAAGAGCAUCGAUGUCCCUUGCUCUGAAGAUGAGUUUGAACAAGCAGAUGACACAAAGGAACCAGUAGUAAUAGUGAAAAAGCUGCGUAAAGAAUAUAAUGACAAGAAAGGUGUACUUGGAUUAAAUAAAAAGAAGAAACUGCCAGUGAAAAAUGUUUCAUUCUGUGUCAGAAAAGGUGAGGUGCUGGGUUUGUUAGGACCAAACGGAGCAGGUAAAACUACAACUAUUCAUUUGUUGACUGGAGAAGAAGAACCAACAUCGGGACAGGUGGUGCUUGGACGUCAUUCCUCUGUCAAUGAACUUGAAGAUGUUUCACUGGACUUUAUAGGUUACUGUCCACAAGUGAAUCCUCUGUGGCCUAAAAUUACUCUGCAAGAGCACAUGCAAGCAUAUGCAGCGAUAAGAGGGUUGAUAAAAGAAGACGCAGUGGAUACGAUCAAAAGAAUGAUAGAUGCACUAGAACUGAAAGAGCACCUCCAGAAACCAGCAAAAAAGUUAUCUGCUGGAAUAAAACGAAAGUUGUGUUUUGCACAAUGUAUGCUGGGUAGUCCUCAGGUUAUGUUGUUGGAUGAACCAUCAACUGGCAUGGAUCCUGAAAGCAAACAGCGUAUGUGGAGGGCUAUUCGGGCUGCAUGUAAAAGCAAACAGAGAGGAGCCAUUCUGACUACACAUUACAUGGCGGAAGCUGAAGCAGUAUGUGACAGAGUUGCCAUCAUGGUAUCUGGAGAGCUGAGGUGUAUUGGAUCAGUUCAACACCUAAAAAGUAAAUAUGGCAAAGAGUAUAUUCUGGAAGUGGGUAUCAAAAUGGAGAUGACAGAAGAACAACAGAAUGACCUUCAUAAAGAGAUAUUGUGCAUGUUCCCCCAUGCUGUAAGACAAGACAGUUAUGCAUCCCUCUUGGUUUAUAAGGUCCCUGUGAGUGAUGUACAGUCCCUUUCAAAAUCAUUCUCAAUGCUUGAAACAGCAAAACAUACAUUUAAAAUAGAGCGAUACAGCUUUUCUCAGUCAAGUCUACAGCAGGUGUUUACUGAGCUUGUUAAAGAACAAGAAAAGGAGAACAUUGAUGUACCUUUACAAACAUCUUUUCAGUGGCAAAAGCUUCAGCAACAAGAAGAAUGUUAAAGCAUCAUUUUGAUGCCAGUUUAUUGGAGAAUAUUGUCACAAUCAUAAAGAGUGAUGCUGCACUUCUAACUCACUUAGCCUUACUGACUUUUUUGUGAAAGAUGAAAAUGAAGCUACCUCUCCCAUGUGAUGUUACCCCCCCCCACACACACACACACUGGAUUUACUUAAGACCCUCAGCUUCAGACCCUGUAUAGUGCUUGUGUAGUUAAUAAAUUGUAUUUCCCAUUUCAGAUUAUAUUUCCUAAUUCCCAAAGUGCAUUUUAUUACUGUAAAGUAGCAAAAAAGAAAGGACAAUUGAUUGCAUAUUGCCUUAUGAUUGUUCUGCUACUCUCAUGUAAAAAUAUUGCAAGAGCACUUUUAACAUUUAAAUGUGCACAGACUACACCACCAAAACUUGCUUCACUGAGUUAACCAGGUGCAAUGAAGAUUUUUAUAUCUUUUGGUAUAUAGCGAAGUGUCAGUGGUUCCACUAAUAAUGCCUGUACAACUACCAUGAUGUGCUUAGAUACAAGACACAGCACCACAGCAUAUUUUACAUGAUUAGGCUUCAUUCUGACAUCAGCAUAUCUUAAGGAGUAAAAUUAUGUUCAUUGAUACCCUUAUUUCAAAUGUGAAUUAUCACAAACUUCCUGAAGCCUUAGCAAUGCUGUGUAUUCCACAAAAACAGCUGUAAGACUUUUUCAACCUUUUUAUCAAGUAAAUUCAGCACCAUAAAAAGAAAGCCUGAUGCUUGCUUUGGGCACGUGUGAAUUACAGACUAAAAAAGUAAGUCAUAUCAGGUUACUGCAGCAAAAUCUUGUUUCUACACGUUCAGUAUGUAGAGAUUUUGAUUAGUCAACGUUAACUGUGAUAUUGUUUGCCACACUUUAUUUUUUGUUGGAACAUUAAUUUUAAACUGGUUUAAAAAUAAAGACUAUGGUGCAUGGUUUGUAUUA